CGCCGAUCCAAUCAAAACGCUGGAAUGGCCGUUUUCAGUCAGAAUAUCGGAUGUAACUUUUGAUUGGUGGAAUACCGUGGAAAUGGCAAAAACCUAUCUAACGAGCAUUCUUACUGGACAGUGAGCCUCUGCAGGUAAAAUUUUCUCAUCGUUCAGAAGUCGACCUCUGUUUACAUUUGGCUGGGUAAAACUGUAAAAUGCCUGUACUUUCGCGAGAGGAUUUUUCUACUUGUGUAAAUAAUGUUUUAAAGAAAUUUCCAGAAGUUUCCCAGCUUAAUAACUAUCAAGCUGAAUGCUUAUUCAAUUUCAUCGAACGGCGCGACGUCUUUGCCAUGUUGCCAACCGGCUUUGGCAAAUCUCUAAUUUUUCAAAUGGUGCCAGGUUUGUGUGAAGAGCUUCACCUUAUGGGCUACAAGGCAUUCCCUGCGAAGGCUAUUGUGCUAGUACUGUGCCCGUUAGUUUCGUUAAUGGAAUCUCAUGUGCGAGAAUUGACGAAAAGAGGAUUUACUUGUAUUUGUUUAUCGAAAGAUGGCGCUACCAAAGAGAAACAAAAUAUUCAUGAUGGCAAGUAUUCGUUCGUGUUUGCAAGCCCUGAGUCCGUUAUACUGAAUGACCAAUGGCGUAAAAUGCUUCAGACUAACAUUUAUCAGGAAAAUCUGUUUGGAAUUGUGACUGAUGAGGCACAUGUUAUUCCUAAAUGGUAGGUAUGUAAUUCUUCAGGGUGCGAGUUGCUUGCUCAGGCAGUAAAAUACAAGUUGUACGUCUAGUCAUUUCGUUUAAAUUAAAAAACAUUAAUAAUAUUAAUAUAAUAAUAUUACAAAAUAUCGUUGAAAUACAAUAAUGAGCGCCCAGAAUUUCAGAAGAGCUUAUACCCAAUGUAUUUGUAUGUAUUUUUGACAUUAUUAUUAUUAUCAGUAUGUACGUAUUUUUAUAUUAUUUGUAUGUAUUUUUAUAUUAUUAUUUGUAUGUAUUUUUGAUAGUAUUAUUUCAAAUGUAUAUAUCAGGUUGCCAAGCAAAGUGUUUACUAAAAUAUUCAUCUCGCCUAGGCCUAGGGGAGAUUUCUGAGUUUCUGUAUCUGGUCGUCUUUCUGCGUUUCUGUAUCAUGUUAACAGUAAGACUCGCAGAGUACACAGAGUAACUCGCCUUGCUGGGUAACUUGCCUCCAUAUACAGUAUUAUAAAAAGGCUGACAAAUUUACUAUGCAUAAAAAGCCUGCACGUGAAAGGACAAUGGGCUAUUCCAUUUAAUAUCCGUAACACCCCCCCCCCCCCAUCGAUAUGAGGACCUUGGAAUUCUUCAGGAGUAAGGUAAUUUUUAACUUUGGAAUUCCUCAUGGGUAAACAAAUUCUCCUGUGAAAUUCUUCAGGGGUUGGUUAUUUUGAAUGAGAUUUCCUCAGGGGUCAGAUGUAAAAAGUGAAAUUCUUCAGGGUAAAUACUUAUUUCUUCAAGGGGUAAAUGCUAUUUAACAGGAAUUUUUCAGGGGAUAUCUCUUUUAUGUCAGGAAUUCUUCAGGGAUAUUGUAAAACCCUUGUCCUCUAUUAGGGGGUUACGUCUUUUAAAUGGAAUAGCCCAAUGCUGACUCACUGGUUCAUACAAUAACCAUAUCAUAUCACAAACAUAAAUGCUAGUACCAAUAAAAUAAUGCUCCUUUGAACUGUAGUAAUUACAAAUAUGAAACACACUAAACUAAAUUAGUGCUUUUUUUAUUAACAGGGGUUAUGGGAAUACAAAAGAACGAAUGAUGGCUUUUCGUGAAUGCUUCAGUCGCAUAGGUGAGCUUCGCUCCCUUGUACCAGAUAUUACACCCAUCCUUGCUCUUACAGCAACCGCUACCCAGAAAACAAUGGAAAUGGUAAAAUCUGUGUUAAGUCUGAAAAGUGAUAAUUAUACAGUAACAGUUAGUCCUAAUCGAGCGAACAUAUACCUAUAUAAAGCAAAGGUAAACAAUAGUUUGGGUGCAUCAUUUGGGUGGUUGAUAGACAUGUUGAAGAGUGAACACGUUCUGUGUCCAAAAGUAAUUGUAUACUGCAAGGCAGUCAAAGAUUGUGGCAAAUUAUUUAACUUUUUUAAAGACUCUUUGCAAGAAUUAGUGUAUGUUCAUGGCAAAGAGCAUGUUGCAGAAAAUAUGAUCAUUGGUAUGUUUCACCACAACACCCUUGAUAAAUAUAAGGAAAGGAUAAUUAAUUCCUUUUAUGUUCCUGAUGGGGUUUGCCGAGUUGCAUUUGCAACAAAUGCAUUGGGCAUGGGCAUUAACUUUGCAGAUGUUAGGUAUGUUGUUCAUUAUGGCCCCCCUAGAAGUGUUGAAGAUUUUGUCCAGGAAAUUGGUCGUGCUGGUCGUGAUGGUAAAUCUUCCACAUCUGUCCUUCUGUAUCAAGGGAAACAUCUGUGUAGAUGUGAAAGAAAAGUGAAAGAAUAUGCAAAAAGCAACACCUGUUUGCGGUCAAUUCUAUUAUCUGAAUUUGGAGUUAGUAAGCCAGACAACAUUACUGCCCAUGAUUGUUGUUUGGCUUGUCAUAAAAAAUGUUGCUGUGUUGAAGAUGAUUCUUUAUGUAACAAGGAUGUUCCCCUAUUAUUACACAAACUCCAUACUCAAGGGAUCAAGUCUGUAAAUCCUGUCAAAAAGCGUAAUGUUGGAAAGAAUGAUCUUUGCUUGCUUGAAGAGCUGUUAAGGGACUAUCAGGAAGAACUAGCAUCUGGGUGCCCAUCGUUUUACUUGUCUCCAGAGUGCACAACAGGAUUCAGUGACACUCUUGUUAAAGCAGUUUUUUCAAAAGCAAAAUAUAUUUUUACUGUGGAAUACAUUUUAGAGAGUCUACCUGUUUUCAAAUUUGAGCAUGGAGUUGCAAUUCUUCACAUGGUAGCAGAUGUUUUUGAGGACUUUGAAGUAAAUAUUGAUCCUGCAUAUGAAAAGACUACAAUUGAUACCGAUUUUAAUUAUGACUUAGAAUAUGGUGGUAACUAUGGAGGUGAAGGAACAUCAAGUGAAUCUGAUGAAACUGAGGAUUCUGAAACUGAUGUGUAAUGCUAAAUGAUUGAAUAUGUUGCACUGUACAUCGUUGCAUGGUAAGUCUAAAAAUUCCAUUGGUAAUAUUGGUCCAUAUUACAGAUUAAAGUAAAAUAAUUAACACUUAUUUACUGUGGUAGUCUCCAAGAGAGAAAUGUUCAGCAUGUUUUAUCAUCAUGAGACUUCCAAUGUUUCCCAAUUUGAACACCAGAAGUCAAGGGAUCUCAAAAUAAACCAGUUGCUUUCCCAAAGUCACAUUGGGUAAUUCCAGAAAACAUCCAUACCUUCCCCACAGAGGAAAUUGGAAGUUAUUCAAUUUAAACCUCCUACCCCCUUCAGAUGUCCUAAUAUUAUACACUUACUAUUUUCAGAGACAAUUUUUUCUCCCUUCCGGACGGCAGAAAUUUUCUCUGUGGGGGGAGUGUGGAUCUUUGCCGGGACGACCCAUUACAGUAAAUAGGUAUUAACCGGCCAUUAAAUACAUUUUGCCUCAAUGCAACUCAUUAAGCUGUAUUGCACCACCAUUUAUCAUUUUACUCUAUCCAUGGCACAUGAUUGCACUUGAGGGUGCUGCCAUUCAAUGAGCUGAAAUGGCCAAUUUCUCACACACACAAACCCACCAUUUCUUAUUAUAGUUAUGGAAACAAGCAAAUGAAUUACACUGGUACUGAGAAUACCUAAUUGAAGAAUAUUGUAAUGUUCUAACAACGUGUAGAGUGAUUAUGUACGUAUCAAAUUUUUGAAUCAGAAGUUCAGUAGUAUCAGAAAAGCAAAUAAGCACAAUUAGUUUAAUUUUCUGAUAGACUCCAUCAAUGAAAUAUAUGAUACAUAUAGAUGCAAAAAAUUUAAUUUGUUUCAUAUGUAUUGAUGUUAUUCACAUAUACAGUUUGUUUAGUGUUGUUUAGAGCUGUGCGGUUAACAGAAAGACUCGGUCAAUCUGAUAAAUUUUUACAAGCAGAAGCUAGCUGGCACCAAACAUGCACAAAAGAACUGUUAUUUUUGGUUUUUCUUUUGUUAUGUGUGUUAAUUGCUCUGCAUGUGUCAGAAAAAUAAAACAUCUGCUGAAGAAAUAUUUCAUUUUCAUGCUAAAUGCAAACAAAGACAUUUAUUUCAGAAUAUAUUUGGUUUUCUAGUCUGCCUCGUACUCAAUGGAAAUGUUUUCGGUUCAUUUAAUUAACAUGCAAUAAGUUGUUUAUUUUGAAUUGUUUUUCUUUUGAUAAUAUUGAAACUGACACCGAACUGAGGUUCUUCCACCCGAAAAAGACCGCGUUGUUCAGAAUUUUUCUGUCCUAUUUCCCUCCCACAUGUGCAACCAGGGACUUGGAGCAAGUGUGUUCUAAGACAAUGUAUAAACAACAAAAUUUAAAAAGUGCAUUUUGUCCAUGGUUUAGCUGAGUAACACUGAAAAUAGUUACACAGCUGGUGUAUUAUUCACCAUUUUUUUAUAA